CCGUUCGUUUGGCAUUUCCAAUUUUCUCAGAUACGCUUCUUUACUACCAUCUUGUCAAUCAAAAGGUCCCAGUCAUUUGAGCUGAUUGUACAGCUGGAUUUGUCCUCUGUCGGGCCAAACUGAAGUAACUGGUUGGAAACAGCUACCAAAAUGGCUACCUAUCCGCGCCAAGCCUCGUGGAUUCAUGAUAUCGCAACAUCCUCGCUCGAGGUGGGCAAAGAUGGCCUCGACGAUGCUAUUGCCUGUGGCAGGCCUUCCGGAUCCCAGCCUAGCGCAGGCAUUCGUAACCAUGCCUAUCAUGAGGAGAUCGCGCAGAGUCAUAUAAACAUAGGACAAGAGGGCCACGGCCGUCCAUAUGAGGACGAUGACGGUACGAUGAGCGAAGGAUAUCUACAUGCGAAUGGAAAGUUUGAGGAGUCUGUGGGAGACCAAGACCGCCCUCGCUCGCCGAUCAGAGGUGAAGAAAAGGAAAUCGAAAACCAAAAUAACUCCUGCUGCAAUGGUAACAACAACAACAACAACAACGAAACCCCAGCGUCAAAUCACGCCUCUGCUGGGAACUCUCCUCCAAGGGAAAAUGGAGGGGACGCCUCCUCCUACAGCGGCGUCACGCCGAACCAGAGCUUCUCGAAAGCCCAUCGCAACAACAGCAACAGCGCCGAACUGAUGCUUCAGGGAGUCUCUUCCAGAAGCCCCACGCCCUCACAAUCACCGCAGAGUCCUGAAAGACUUGGUUAUAAUGUGAGUGGGUAUUUCCAGUCUUGUGAGGAGUGUUUUAUUGCUGGGAUGUGCUGCAUCCAUCGGACGGCGGCGGCGGCGGCGGCGGCGAAAGCGAUAGUUAUGCCUGACGGUAGAGGUAGUCUCAUCCAUGAUGGUGGCCAUGGCAAUGGCAGAGCUGCGCGUGAGCGGCAUGAGUGGCUUGUUGAGCGGAUGAAGGAGAGUUUGGCGAAGAUUGAUAGCGCUACUCACGGUGGUAGUGUGGUUUCGCGGAGGGGUGCUUGA